GGGCAGCUCUUCCUGUUGUGCUUGCCCCCCGUGUCAGCAGGCCUCCUGCCUAACGACAGCCCAGAUCCUGGAUUACCGCUCACCGAAGGGACGUUCCCAUCCGGCCUUCUCCACGCAGGGACGCAGUGGCGUUUUUUUAAAAUUACUUUUGGUUUUUGUUUGCGUUUACGUUUGCGUCUUAUUAUGGAUUCAUGAAUCGGGCCGGCUGCUCCCUCUCCGCCAAAAUGUCUCCUGGACGCAGACGGGAGCGAAAUCCAUCGACAGCUGAUUGGCUUCCCUGGAUUUCGCUGACGACUCCUCCGCUCCGCUUGGCCUGAAGAUGGAAACGCUGGAGUCGGAGCUGACCUGCCCAAUCUGUCUGGAGCUCUUCGAGGACCCCCUCCUGCUGCCCUGCGCCCACAGCCUGUGUUUCGGCUGCGCCCACCGCAUCCUGGUCUCCCACUGCACCGCCAGCGAACCCGUGGACUCCAUCAGCGGCUUCCAGUGCCCCACCUGCCGCCAUGUCAUCGCACUGAGCCCCCGGCGCGGCCUCGAGGGACUCAAGCGAAACGUCACCCUGCAGAACAUCAUCGACCGCUUCCAGAAGGCCUCUGUGAGCGGCCCCAACUCGCCCGCCGAGACCCGGCGCCAACGCCCGGCGGACGCCGCCCCCCUCGUCGCCCCCCCCGCCCCCGCCGCCAUGACGGCCGCGCCCGGCGAGCGCGUGCAGUGCCAGUUCUGCGAGCGGGAGCCGCCGCUGGACGCGGUGAAGACGUGCGUCACCUGCGAGGUGUCGUACUGCGAGGACUGCCUGCGCGCCACGCACCCCAACAAGAAGCCCUUCACGGGCCACCGGCUGACGGAGCCGCUGCCCGACGCCCACCUGCGCGGGCUCCUCUGCCUGGAGCACGAGGACGAGAAGGUGAACAUGUACUGCGUGACCGACGAGCAGCUCAUCUGCGCGCUCUGCAAGCUGGUGGGCCGCCACCGGGACCACCAGGUCAGCGCGCUGAGCGACCGCUACGACAAGCUGAAGCAAGCUUUGGAUUCAAACCUGAGCAACCUGAUCAAGAGGAACAACGAACUGGAAACUCUUAUGGGAAAGUUGAUUCAGACCUGCCAACACGUGGAGGUGAACGCUGCCCGGCAGGAGGCUCGGCUGCUGGAAGAGUGUGACCUUCUGAUCGAGAUCAUCCAGCAGAGACGGCAGAUCAUCGGGACGAAAAUCAAGGAGGGGAAGGUCGUUAGGCUGCGCAAACUGGCUCAGCAGAUCUCCAACUGCAAGCAGUGCAUCGAGAGGUCCUCCUCCCUCAUCUCGCAGGCCGACCAGACGCUCAAGGAGACGGACCACGCCCGCUUCCUGCAGACCGCCAAGAGCAUCUCGGAGAGGGUAUCCAUGGCAACGGCGUCUUCUCAGAUCCUGAUACCGGAAAUCAACCUGAAUGACACCUUUGACACAUUUGCGCUCGACUUCUCCCGGGAAAAGAAGAUGCUGGAAAGUCUGGAUUACCUUACAGCGCCAAAUCCCCCCGGGAUCAGAGAGGAGCUGUGCACGGCCUCCUACGACACCAUCACCGUCCACUGGACGUCCGAGGAUGAGUUCAGUGUGGUUUCCUACGAGCUGCAGUACACCAUCUUCACCGGGCAGGCCAACCUCGUCAGUCUGUGUAACUCGGCCGACAGCUGGAUGAUCGUGCCCAACAUCAAGCAGAACCACUACACCGUGCACGGCCUGCAGAGCGGAACCAAGUACAUCUUCAUCGUCAAGGCGAUAAACCAGGCCGGCAGCCGCAGCAGCGAGCCUGGCAAGCUGAAGACCAACAGUCAGCCCUUUAAGCUGGACCCGAAGUCUGCUCACAGGAAGCUGAAAGUGUCACAUGACAGCCUGACUGUGGAGCGGGACGAGGCCUCCUCCAAAAAGAGCCACACGCAGGAGCGCUUCAGCAGCCAGGGGAGCUACGGUGUCGUCGGAAACGUCUACAUAGACAGCGGAAGGCACUACUGGGAGUCUCUGAUUGGAGGAAGUACAUGGUAUGCCGUCGGCAUCGCCUACAAGUCGGCGCCGAAGCACGAGUGGAUCGGGAAGAACUCGGCCUCCUGGGUCCUGUGCCGCUGCAACAACUCGUGGCUGGUGCGGCACAACGGCAAGGAGGUCCCGGUGGAGCCCUCGCCCCACCUGCGCCGCGUCGGCGUGCUGCUGGACUACGACGGCGGCUCCCUGGCCUUCUACGACGCCGCCAGCGCCCAGCUCCUCCACACCUUCGACAUCGCCUUCGCCCAGCCCGUCUGCCCCGUCUUCAACGUCUGGAACAAGUGUCUGACCGUCCUCACCGGGCUCCCCAUCCCCGACCACCUGGAGGGCCCCGACCUGCAGGACUGACUGACUGACUGACUGACUGACUGACUGGCUGGCUGACUGCAGGUCGCUACGGAAACCAGCAGGGGGAAAUAAAACAAGUGAAACAAACAAAACAAACAAACAAACAAACAAAAAAACUCAAAAAGAGCGGUCUAGGAAGACUAUGAAUUUAAUAAAGCCAUAGCUUUAAUUUUUUUUUUUUUUUUUUGCUAUGCUGUUGCUGUACUAAAUUAAAAGAUUAUAAAUUAUUUAUGGGCAAAAAUAAUUGGAUUGCAAAAUACUACAGAUUUAUUUUUUUUUGCUUUUGCACAUUAAUGUGUUUACUACUACUAUAUUUAUGCCGUAGUUGAUUUUUGGGAGAUUAAAAAAUGAUAUAUAACAUUUUAAAAAUUUCUAAGGAGCUUAUUUUGGGCGCAAUUCUGUGUUGCUUUUUUCAGGAAGAAGUAUAAGUCACGUGAAAAGAACUGAAUCAUAAGGUUCUAAGCAAUAUUUUAUUUCUCUCUCUUCCACAUCUGCAUGCUGGUUAAACUUUUGAGAAGGUCAACUAAAGGUUGUAUCCAACUGGACGCGAUUCAGAGACAACAGUGCUCUGCAUAUUGCGUAAAUGGGCUCCAUAGUUACUUUUCCUCCCUUGAAUCUCAACUGUGAUGAGGUCACGUGCCAUUGCACCAAUGGAGUUAAAGUAUGAGGUGUGGAGCCUCCUAACAUCUUUCCUGCUGCGUCAGCACCUUUGGGGUGACAUCAUAAUAUAGGACCAGGAGAUGUAGUUCAGUUUUCAAAAGUGUCCGUUUACACGACUCGCCGUGAUCUGUUUUCAAUCUGUACAAAGGGAACGUCAAUAUUUGUUUUAAUUUUUUGGCUGGAUUACGACAGUUCUAUAAUGAGUUACUUUAGAACGCAGCUUCCAGUUUACUUUGAUUUUCCGUCACUGGGUUCAUUCGUGAGGAAAAUCCAGAUUCUUCUGUUCUACGGUCUGCCUCGCGUUGUUAUUAAUUUUAAAUGUUUUAUUGCCCUGCGCACUCCGACAGAGGUCCUCGCUUUGGAACUUAACGGUUUGGGUACGUUGCUCUGGUUUGGCUGUUUAAGCACAAAAACACCCUGGACUGGGGCGUUACGGGGCCUUCCUGGGAUAAAUCCCUCACACACGCCUGGUGAACAGACGUGGCAUUAGUUCUGCCAGUACACAGGCUCUUGAUGGUGUAAAGAUUUUCUUCCUGAUUUUUAGUUUUGUUUUGAAAAAAAAAAAAAAAAAGUACCCUUUCAUGCCUUGCACUCUGACAGAAGUGUGGGAUUGCAGAAGAAAAGUGCGCGGACUGGUUAACUUUCCAUUAACUGAAAGAAACUCCUGGGAGAGGCGAAAUGGACGCAAGGGUGCGUAAUGAACUGCAAGAAACAAACUGGCUGUACCGUACAGAGAACUCUUUUCCUUUUGCAUCCCACCGCGUUGCCAUAGUGACCCGUUGGACAACUGAGGACGCACUCACAGCGAGAAGCUCACGUCUUCAAACAGCAAAGCAGUGCAAUUGUUUAUCCUGUACAGUUUUAUUUGUGGGAAAGUGAAAUAAAAUGACCGGGCCCAGAACACUC